AUGGCUGGAACACGGAACCCACGAACUCCUGACACACGAAAAAAUCUACCAGCCAUACCGACCGAUGCGGAAAAAGACUUUAAUGCUGGAAGAGGAAAUAGAAAAGAAAGAGAGGACAUGUAUAUAGGGGGUGGGGAUGGGUAUAACAGAGAUGCAGAAUCAUCACAGCCUGGGUUAGGCGCGGAGGGAAGUUGGAUGCUAAACAAACAAGGUGGAAGAAAAGACAAAUCCAGCCCUUCUGGCAUGGGCAUUCCACCACCACCAGCAAAAGACAACAAUUACGCUACAUCUACACCCACAACUCGCUACACCCCACAAAGUCGCUUGACCGGAACACCGACGACAAAGCACAAGGCUCCGCGCAACAAGAUGUUUACCCUCCCACGAUUCACUCUCAAGCGAGCCAAACCCGCACCUUCGUCAACGCGUAGCGAUUCCACGACGAAUACACUCCCGAAACUGCCCGAUUUCGUGCGAACCUCGCCCAUAGCUCAACAGCUUCCAUCAAACUUCUUUCCGCGGGAUUUCACCAUGGAUGACGACCAAUCAUCGGAUGCUCAGACAACGCCCGAUUUGACAAUGGACGAUUUGUAUCAUUUAGUAUUGAACAUGCAGAAAGGGUUCCAGGUACAGAUCGAAGAAAUGAGUAAUCAGAUUCGGGAAUUGAAAAAGGAAGUAAAGAGGUUGCGUGGAGAAGAGACGGAAGAGGAGGACGAAGAGGAAGAGGAGGACGAUUUGGAGGAAUUGAUGUUGAGGAGAAGUCAUGCGGGUACGGCUGCUAGUGUUAGAAGUGCUACGAGAGAAAUGGACAAGUAUGCCGAUACUGGCAGGUGGUUCCAUAACGAAUAG